AUGACUGAUUCGCCGGGAUUUCUUCGCCUGCCCGGGUCCCUGUGGGCGGCGAACGGCGGGCAGGAUAAUGCGGGGGAGGGGGUGAUUGUGGGAGUGAUUGACACUGGCGUGUGGCCGGAACACCCGUCAUUCGCUAAUACACCGGCCAAUCCGUACGGGCCCGUACCCCGCAGGUGGCGGGGAAAAUGCCAGGCGACGCGGGACUUCCCCCAGUCGCUCUGCUCGCGCAAGCUCAUCGGCGCGCGGUUCUUCGCGGCGGGCGUGCGCAAGUCGUCGGCGGGGGUGAACAAGGAGAAGGACUUUAUGUCGCCGCGCGACGGAGACGGGCACGGCACGUGGUGUGCUAGCGCAGCAGCAGGCAACGCCAACGUGCCUCUGACCCUCUCCCCCACCAGAACGCUAGGCACCAUCUCGGGAGUGGCACCCCGCGCGCGCCUAGCCACAUACAAAGCGCUCUGGGUCACGCCAGGUGGGGAGGCGGGGGCGUUUCAGUCGGACAUCCGCGCAGCCGUUGAUGCGGCCGUAUCCGACGGUGUGGAUGUGCUCUCGUGCUCGUUUGGCGGCGCCAUCUCGCGGUAUUUCAGCGACCUGCCGUACCUGCAAGCGCUCAAGGCGGGCGUGUUCAUAGCGUUUGCAGCGGGCAACAGCGGCGCCCCUUCCAAGGGGCAGAUGCUCGGCACUCUCAGCAACACGGCGCCAUUCUACCUCACUGUGGGGGCUAGCACCAUCGGGCGUGAGUACCAGGCGAACCUAACCCUGGGCAACGGAGUGCAGCUCACAGGCAUGGGCUUUGGCAGCGCAGGCAACGCGAUCAAUCUCCCCCUCGUGCUCUCGUCCGCUGCUGUGCAUCCCCUGGGGACCCUCAGCCUGGCCCGGGAGUGCUUCGCCUCAAGCCUCGACAAGUCCAAGCUCUCCGGGAGAAUGCUAGUGUGCAACCUGAAAAGCAGGGACGUGAGGGAGGCAAUGACAGACACCGCCUCUGCUGCUCUCGGUGCCGCUGCCGUGCUGCUGCUCUCCGCCUCUGCUUCCUCCCCGGCGCCCUCCCGCGUACCCUAUACAGACGUCCCCGCUAUUCACUUGAACGCGGAGGAUUCUGAGACUGUUCGGCAGUACCUGAGCAACGCGGCCAACCCCACGGCAUCCCUAUCCCCGCCCUUCACCACGUUCUCAAACGAAGCCCCAUCAGUCGCCUACUUCUCCUCCACCGGCCCGCCUCUCAACCCCUUCAUUCUCCUCUCCCUGUGUGCCCUUCCCCUCCUUUCCCGCUUGCUGCCCCUCCCAGCCCCGCGGCCUCCCUCUCCCCGCCCUUCACCACGUUCUCAGACUCAGCCCCAUCAGUGGCCUACUUCUCCUCCACGGGACCGCCUCUCAACCCCGCCUUCCCCGUCACCCCCCGCCUCCUCGCCUCAAACGACAUCUUAA